GCAGUGACCAUGCCCUGGGGGACCUGGGGGAUGGGGUCCCUGUGCCCCAGAAGGUGCUGUUCCCUGUGGAGCGCCUCUCCAUGAAGUGGGAGCAGAUCCACCGGAUCGGCGCCGGGCUGCACAAUCUAGGGAACACCUGCUUCCUCAACGCCACGGUGCAGUGCCUGACCUACACACCGCCACUUGCCAACUACCUGCUCUCCAAGGAGCACAGCCGCACCUGUCACCAAGGAGGCUUUUGCAUGAUGUGCAUUAUGCAGAAGCACGUGAUCGAGGCUUUUGCCAACAGCGGCAACGCAAUAAAGCCAGUGUACUUCAUACGAAACCUCAAGAGCAUUGCCGGGCACAUCCGCUUUGGCAGACAGGAGGAUGCACACGAGUUCCUGCGUUACACCAUCGAUGCCAUGCAGAAGGCCUGUCUGAUUGACUGUACCAAGUUGGAUCGCCAGACCCAGGCCACGACACUGGUUCACCAGAUCUUUGGCGGUUACCUGCGGUCCCGUGUGAAGUGCUUGGUGUGCGAGAGCUUCUCGGACACCUAUGACCCUUACCUGGACCUGUCACUGGAGAUCGAGCAAGCCACAAACAUAGUGCAGGCACUGGAGCUGUUUGUGAAGCCAGAUAUGCUGGGCGGAGAGAACGCCUACAUGUGUGCCCAAUGUAAGAAGAAAGUGUCGGCCAGUAAAUGCUUCACCAUCCACCGAGCCUCCAAUGUUCUCACAAUCUCACUGAAACGGUUUGCUGACUUUGGAGGAAAAAUCAAAAAGGACGUGGGGUACCCCGAGUUCUUGGACAUCCGCCCUUACAUGUCUCAGAAACACGGGGAUCCUGUCAUUUAUGGACUCUAUGCAGUACUGGUGCACUCUGGGUACAGCUGCCGUGCAGGGCACUACUACUGCUAUGUGAAGGCCAGCAAUGGCCAGUGGUAUCAAAUGAACGAUGACCUGGUCCGCUCCAGCAACAUCAAAGUGGUCCUCAACCAGCAGGCUUACGUGCUGUUCUACGUGAGACUCCCCAACCCGAAGAAGAGCUUGGAGGAGCCCAUUGACAAAGCUGCUGGCCACGCUGGCAACACCUUUGAUCAGGUCAAGAAAACUGUGAACAACGGGCCCCUGUCUUCACCGCUGAUGGGCCAGAGACCAGAUGUGCUGCCAGGGAAGAAACGGCCAGGGCCAGAGGAUGUUGGAGUCCCUGUGGCCCGCAGCGCUUCUGGGACGAGGCUGAAGGUGCCAAACGGAACUGGUCCGUGGAAGCUGCCUGCUGGGUUCCCAUCACCCAAACCGCCUCUCAAAGCCACCCAUACGGCCACAGCGCUGCCUGAUGAUGCAGCCCAGAGGCCCAAGAAGCCACGCUCCUUGCCACAGCUGCCUUCUGCACCCAGAGCAAUUCAGGACUUCUGCAACACCAGCAAUGCAACCAGGGACAAAGCGGAGCUGACCCAGCAGGGCUCCCAGGAGAGCAAGCAGCCACCUACCUCAUCCGAGCUGCUGCUGGAGCCCAGCCCCAGCCAGCUGAAUGCUGCGACCCUGGAGAAGGACUUCUGCAGCAGCAAUGCUGCCGGCCCAGCACAUGGCACAGUGGGGAAGCUGGCCAAAGCAUCCCAGAAGGCCAAGAGCAGAACCAGCAGCUUCUGCACCUCUCAGGAAACAGACUGUGGCACAGACCUUGCUGCUGGCCCCAGCGCCAAGCCAUCUGCCCCCAAAAACUCUAAGCCGGCGAAAUUGAAAUCCUCCCUGUUGGCCAACGCUGCUCUGGCGCCGAGCAGCACUGUGUCACCACCACCAGCCAAGAAGCCGGCACUCUCUGCCAAAAAGUCUGCUGACCACACCUGCCCCACGAACACCACUCCCCCUGACUCCACUCCCUUGCCUUUCGGCAAGUCGAGGAAGAAGAAGAAUCUUGCUCAGGAGGGCUUGGUGUCCCUCAUGGAGAAGGAGGCAGCAAGCAAGGGCAGCAGCAGUGGCCGUGAGGGGCCAGGCCGUCAGGACCUGAAGAGCAAGCCCAAGAAGCACAUGUCAGACCCUAGUACUUACCUGGAUGCGGAGAACAUCACCCCCUUGAAGAAGAAAAAGAAAAAGAUGAAAAUGGACCAGACAGAAGAGUGUGGCUCUGGGAUGCUGUCCUUGGGCAGCAGUAGGAAGGUUGAGUCAGAGCCCUGGAGGACAAAGCAGCAGCAGCAGCGCAUGGAGGCUGGUGCUGGAGAGAGGGAGCACCGCAAGCGCAAGCGGAGAGAAAGCCUCAACAGCCUAGCUGCGGAGCGGCCGUCUACUGACGGCAUCCGUGCUGCAGACUGCACCCCAGAGGCAGCAUGCUCCCAGGACAAUGGGACUGGACAUGGGUACAAGCACUGCCUGGCUGCCUCGAACCCUGAGCCCAGCCAUGAGGCUGGCACAGCACACGGGAGCCAGGAGUCCAGCGUAGUGGAGGAGCUGCUUGGGCACUCCCUGGACAAGGCUUAUGGCAAACAAGUCUUGACCUGGGAGGGCGAGAUCUCCGCUGUCAGCCAGGAUGCCAUUCAGGACGCAGCGUGUGCCCAGAGGGAGACUGUCGUCGAUGAGUGGGACGAGGAGUUUGACAGAGGGAAGGUGGGUGCUGUUAAAAAAAGGAAGCGUGAGCAGAGGAGACAGUUCAGUCCCUCCCAGCAACUGCAGAGCAAGCACCGUUUCUGCUCGGUGGCUCAUCCUGCCAAGGAGGCAGGCCUGAGCCAUCGGCUCUAA